AUGCCAAAUUUGGUCUAUUAUAUUAAUAAAAGGCAGAAGGAACUGGUUCCUCUACACCAACCUUCCGAGGAAGACAUCUUGUUCGGCUCCAUUCCUAAAAACGUUAGAGACGUUCUUCGACAGUUAACUGCUUCGAAGGCAGCCAACUCGGAGGAGAUGCUUUUUCGCGUGGCAAAGGAGAAUCACAUACAGAUCGAUGAGAUUCUGUUGUAUUGUGAAUGGCUUCAGGCAGAGAGAUACAACGGGCAUGGCUUGGCGUCGGCCCCAUUCUCGGAGAUUCCUGAAGAGAUAAAGGAGACGCUGAAGAGUCUGUUGAGAAUGAAUCCGACAGCAAAUGAGACAAUUAGGAAGAUAUGGGCAAGUCGAUUCACAAGCCGGAUCAUGGUGAAGCAGGAGGUGGUUCUCUCGUAUCUCAAGCAUUUGGAGGAGGAUGGAGUUGGUGGUGGUGACAAAGGCCAGUCCAGCUUAAGUGACAGUAGUAGAAAGCAAUUGACACGCACUACGACGGUUGCACUGCAUUCAUCAACCCAGGGCUCGGCAUUCCCUGGCGUCGCGCCCCAAGAGCAAUCUCGGAAGCAUUCAUCACCCUCGGUGCGAGAUGGACGCGAUAUCGCGAGCCGUUCUACAAUGCCUGUCCACACACCCGGGGCUCAGCACCACCACCAUAUUUCUAUCAAGCAUGGACACAACGGCAACGUUGCUGAAUCGCAUCCGACCAUUUUAGUCUCAACGUCGUCUACACUUGUUCACGAUGCGCGACCUCGGACACAUUCACUAUCACCAGUGCGAGAUGGACAUGACUACGCGAGGCGCUCUGCGACACUUGUUAACUCACCAGAGGCCAGGCAGCAGAACCAUAUUACCGGCAAUGACGAGCAUAUCACUGGUGCUGCCAGAUCUAGAGUGAAGCUACCCACACCAAUCUCGGUGUUGUCUGGGUCUGUACCGGUAGGCCAAGUACAAUCUCGCACGAACUCAGUAUCUCUGCUAUCCCCACUACAAGAUGGACCUGACGAUACGAGGCGUUCUGCGACGCUUGUUCGCACCCCGGAUAUGCAGCAUCAGACCCAAAUGGCAGGCGAGGACAAGAAUGGCGCUGGCAUCUAUAAUCCGACAACUGCAUUGACGGAGAUACGAGAGCAUCCCGUUUUACCCCAGACUCCGCAUUCCCCGCCGGUUUUUGAGACUGUUUUUCCUGUCACGUCCUGUAAUUCUAGAGACUCGCUCACCUCUGAGCAAGUCUUGCUCUGUCCGUCGGGGGAACUACGCAAGCCGACCCAAAACGUUGAGGAUCAGCACGCGAAUGUGCAGGCUGCAAUUACACCGGAGUCUGGACUAGGUAAUGAAGGACAUGUACAGCCCCGUGUUCCGCUGAUGUGUGUGCAUGGAGAAGAUGUAACGAAUAAUGACCGAGUCGAGAAUGUCGGAGAUCGAGCACAGAGCCGAUGGGACAAAACUACAGGGCCUAUCCGAGAGAAUCCAAUCAGUACCGUCAGACUGGAGGUGCCAUCCGAUGAUAUGAAUGGACGAGAAACGAGCACUGCCGGGAUCACUAACGAGGCUGCAAUGAGGACUAGUACCGUCUGUGCAGUCCUGAACAUGGAAAACGAGGUGAGUCCGGUCAAUCGUGAUCCUGGGAAAUAUUCAUGCAAUAUCGCAAACCAGGCGGUAAGAACGAAUAAGUUUGGCAGUGAGUCCCACACUGGAGACGAAGAGGGGAGCGAGCUCAAAGGCAUGGACGUUGCACCAGAGAGAUCAAAACAGUCACGUGAUGAUCCACCGGAACCAAGCGACCCGAGCAAGGAGACACACGAUGAAGCCAGAAUGGAUAUCGAUCUGGAGCCGCCUCCGAGGAAUAUGCGUGAGCUGAUCGCAUGGAUAGAGAAGCGUGAGGGCCCUCUGGACAACCUGCUCUUGAUUGGGGAGCAGAUCAAGGCAGGGAUGAAGAAAUAA